CUCUCUGAAAUUUACACUUGCUCUGAAGCCAAUUUGGAAGUGGAGGUUUAGCUUCGAUGCUCAUAAACCUCAGAAGAACAAUACGCAUUCCAUUUCAUCCCAAACCUUCACUCUACAUUCCUCUGAAUCUCUUCUCAACUUCAGCACCAAACCCAAACGCAAACUCUACAGAGCCUCUUUUAGAAUCCCAACUCAAAUCCUUAGUUCUCAGCCAUUACAAGCAUGGCAAGUUCACCAAUCUCCUCCAAAACGUCGUCGCUUUGCCCACUGUCCUCCUUGCCUCCUGCCAAAACCUCACCACCCCACAAGCCCCAAAUGGAAAUGGCCUCAGCCCGUCCUUUCUCGACUCGGUCUCCAAGCGGUUCUCAAUCCACGAAAUGGGUCGCGAGCUCUUCGAGAAUCGGUUCGAUAUUGGAGCUUGCAGUGUUACAAUGGCGGCCCAAAGAAAUAGAGGUGAGUCUUUGGUCUUGCCUAACUUGAAAUUGAAGGUUUUGAUUGAAGCUAUUAGGAUGGUGUUGGGAAUUGUUUAUGAUGAACGCUUUGUGACGUUUUCUUAUGGUGGUCGUGUUAAUAUGGGCAGGCACACGGCCAUUAGGUACCUUAAGAACUCUGUAGAGAACCCCAGUUGGUGGUUUACAGUUAGCUUUAACCGCGAAAAGUUUGAUCAACAACAUGUAAAUAAGCUAUGCUUGUUUAUUCAAGAGAAAAUAGAGGAUGAGAGUUUGAUUAAUGUUAUAAAGAGGUUGUUUGAAUGCGGUGCGGUGAGAAUUGAAUUGGGUAGUUGCUUCUUUGGAAGAGGGUUUCCUCAGGAAAGUGGGCUGAGUUCAAUUUUGAUAAAUAUUUACUUCAAUGGGUUUGAUAAAGAAAUUCAAGAAAUGCGUCUAAAGAAGAAUCAGGAGCAUCCCAAAUUUGAUUCAAAUGAGCUUGUUUCUAAGGAUGGUGUGUUUUACAAGCCAGUGAAGAUAUAUGCAGUUAGGUACUUGGAUGAAAUAUUAGUGAUAGCAUCCGGGUCUAAGAUGUUGACAAUGGAUUUAAAGAACUGGGUUGUGAAGUACUUAGAGGGGAUACUGGAAUUGAAGGUGGAUGGGAUAAAAACAGCUAUUCAUAGUGCGGUGUCUGAGAAGAUUGCUUUUUUGGGCAUGGAAUUACAGGCAGUAAAACCUUCAGUUUUGAAUCCUCCUAUGUCAGAAAAGGCUAUGAGAGCACGAAAAAAGUACAUUAGACAGAAGGAAGUCAGAGCUCAGGAAUUGAAAAAUGCUAGAGAGAGGAAUAGGAAGAAAUUGGGAUUGAAAAUAAUGAGCCAUGUUUAUAAGAAGUCAAAGAGAAGUGAUGGGUUUAAAUUUGAAUAUCAAAUUAAGAAUGAAGUUAGAGAAAUCUUCAGAACCUGGGCUGAUGAGACGGUGCAAGAGUACCUUGGCUCUUUGGAGGAGCGUUGGGAUUGGUACCAUAAGCUAUCGGCAGGUAAUUUUCUCUCUUUAAGGCACAUUAGAGAUCAACUGCCUCAAGAGCUUGUUGAUGCUUAUGAUAAGUUCCAAGAGCAAGUUGACAAGCAUUUAAACCCAGUCAAAGCUAGAAGGGCACUGGAGGAUGAAGAAAGGAGAAUAAAAGAUGAAGAGGAGAAGAAAUAUGCUAGGGGCACAGUUGAGGAUUUGACAAAGCUCUGUGUCAAAGCUGAUGCACCCAUAGAACUUAUUAGAAAAAUGGUUAGGUUGAUUGGCUUUACAAAUCAUAUGGGUCGUCCCAGGCCAAUUACUUUACUAACUGCUCUCGAAGACACUGAUAUCAUUAAGUGGUAUGCCGGUAUAGGGAGAAGAUGGCUGGAAUUUUAUUGCUGCUGCCAUAACUUCAAGAUGGUGAAAACUGUUGUGACUUAUCACUUGAGGUUCUCUUGUAUCUUGACUCUAGCAGAAAAGCAUGAAUCCACCAAACGUGAAGCCCUGAAACAUUUUACUAAAGAUUUGAAAGUCUUUGAUAUAAAUGGAAAUGAAGAAGUGCACUUCCCCACAGAAAGGCAGGUGAAAAUGAUGGGAGAUAAAAAUCUCUCUGAUCCAAAACCAGUGGAUGGGACGUUCUCUUUGGCUUUGAUUAGAUUAGCUUCUGAUGAGCCUCCAUAUUCUUGUGUUGCUCAUUUCUGUGACAAAACUGAUACUGUUGUUUAUCGUGUACGACUAUUGCAAAAUCGCUUGAAUGUGAACCCUGUGGAUGAAAAGAAAUGGGUCCCUGGGAUGGGUGCAAUUGAUGAAAGUCUCAAUCUGAAAUGCUUCCCUGUUUGUCCUGAUCACAUACAUGACUUAUACACAGGGAGAAUCACCUUUCAGGACAUUGAUUGCACUUCAUUUGUGGAUGGAGGCUGAGUUUUACAUUCCUCUGGUUUAGUAUCUGUUUACCAUAGGUUCUUGUUUUCUGGAGGCUGCUGCUGAUCCACGCAGAUUUUGGGAAUUGUUGCAUAUGCUGAAGCCAGGUGGGUGAUGUACAUUACAUUUUAUAUUGAUGUAUAAUGCAAUUUCAGCUGCCCAUGUAAUUUUAACAGGAAAUGUGUUAUUAGUACAUCAUCAUUUUUACAAGUGAUGACCCAGUGUAAAAUUUUUCAAAAGUUGCGAUUGCAGCUAUCUAAACAAUUCGCCCUAGUAAAUGAAAACUUCUCACUGGCUGUUUGGAUGGUAAUUUAACUGAUGAAACAGAUUGCCAAAAAUCCCCCUACUUCUGAAAUUUUAGAUUUUGCAUACUCCUAUAUCUCGUUUUGUGAUGAUAGAAACCAGAUUUUGUUUUCAUAAUUGUGUUGGGUUCACAAAUAGUAUUCUUGGGGACUUUAAUCUGGAGCAGUUUCUUGCUAUUUUGUUUUCAUUGUAGUAUUAUAGUUGCUCUUUAUGUGUGCCAAAUUGUCCCUUAGCCUAUGAUCUCUGUAUAAUUUGCUGGAUAGAUUUGCUUUGGCAUAUUGUUAUGUGAUUUAUAAAUUUGCUGGAUGUUACCAAUAAUGCCGUUAGCCUAAGCUAUGAAAGCAUAAAUCUAUUUUUGGUCAAAAAGAAUAGUGCAAUUUAUUUUGCAGAUCUCCAACUAUAUGUAUAUCUUGUAUGAUCUUCAAGUUCACCCUUUGUCCUGUCAUUAUUUACCCUUUCUGCUUUGGGACGUAUUGAUCUAUGAUUUGCUUUUGUAAAAUAUUUGACAUCUUGCUUACCUUUUACUUUUGUAACUUGUCACUUGUUAACUACUUUUUCCUGGUUUUGCAACUGGUAGAGACUAGAGGGUUCUUGCUUACGAAUACGUUGACAUUGGGCUGUAUGGAGGUGUUCUUUGUAGUUUUCUUAGAUGGAUGCAUAACAGAAAAUGGAAAGUCAGAAGGGCAGAUUAGCAGAAAGCUGGACUUCUGGUGUCAUAUCAAUAAUACUUUAAAUUAUAAUGUUGAAGAUGGUUGCAGAAGGAGAUAAUAGAUCACACACAAAGAAAUGGAUGGUUGUAGAGUUAGUGUGGUAAUUACGAAAAAAUAAUUUUCCCCUGGAGGUAACAAUUCUUGUGACUGAUGGAUUGAGUCUGUAUCUUUACUGACUGAUGGAUCCCUUGUUUCUAGAUUGUUUAUGGAAGCAAAGAGGUAACAAUUCUUUGUUGCUUGCUAA